CCUCAUCCUCUCAUUUACCAGACGUCAGGCCGCCAUGAGGGCUCAAGGGAACGCGAUGGACUAUGUCGCAUUGCCAAAGAUCGAGCUUCAUGCCCACCUCACGGGCAGCGUCUCGAGACGCACGCUGCACGAAAUAUGGCUUCGGAAGAAGGAAGCCGGCGAGACUGACCUCGAGGACCCGCUAGUCGUCAUGCCGGAGGGCAAGCAUGACUACAAUCUCAAGACAUUCUUCCCGCUCUUCAGCAGCUACAUAUACAACUUGCUGACGGACGAGGAGUCGAUCCGCCAUGCCGUCACGUCCGUGCUCGACGAGUUCCUCGCCGACGGCGUCGUCUACCUCGAGCUGCGGACCACGCCACGCGCAACCGGCUGCCUCUCAGCCGAGGCGUACGUCCGGGUGCUGCUCGACGCCAUGGGCGCGUGGGAGUCCCACUAUGGGGGCGACGACGCGCCGCUGCACGCGCGGCUCAUCCUGUCGGUCGACCGGCGGCACGACCUCGCAACGGCGGAGUCGAUCCUCGCGCUGGCGGCGCGGUUGCGCUCCGAGGGUCACCAGCAGCAGCGAGUCGUCGGCCUUGAUCUCUGCGGGGACCCGACGGCGCGGCCCGACGGCGGCGUGGCCCUCUUCACGCCCGUGCUCGGCGCGGCGGCGAGGGACCCCCACGGGCUGGGCCUGACGGUGCACUUCGCCGAGGCCGAGGCCAGCGGCUCCCGCGCCGAGCUCGACACCCUGCUGGGCUGGCGGCCCGGGCGCCUGGGGCACGUCAUCUGGGUGCGGGAGGACGAGGAGGCGCGGCGCGAGAUUGCCCGCCGCGGGCUGUGUCUCGAGCUGUGCCUGAGCUGCAACGUCCAGGCCGGCAUGGUGCGCGGCGGCUUCGAGGGCCACCACUUUGGCUACUGGCGCGGCGUCGACGGCCCGCGGCUGUCCCUGGGGGUGAGUGCGGGCGGGGCAAACAAGCCAUCAUGGCCGCUUUCCCCCUUUCCCCCUUUCCUUUCCUUCCCUUCCCUUCCUUUGUCGAAGUCAACUCCUCAAUCUGUGGAACCGUGAUGGGCGAGAGAGGUGCAGUGCAUCUUCUUUCGUGUCUGCCCAACACGUGAGAGAGACUGAGAGACGGACCGGUGGCGAGAACAGAGGAAGAAAAUGUGAAUGAGAGGGAGAGACUAAAUUGUGCUGACACGGCCGGGGGUCCAACAGACCGACGACGUGGGCGUCUUCGGCAGCCCCCUUUCCAACGAGUACCGCCUCGUUGCGCAGCACUUCAAGCUCGACCGCGACCAGAUAUGUGCUCUCGCACAGCAGGCCAUCGAUUCUAUCUUUGGUGGCGAGGCUGAGAAGCAGAGACUGCGAGAUAUCAUGUGGACCUGAGUAUGUCGCAGGCACUGGUUGAUGGCGUAGAUGGCUCCGUUUCCACCACCGCGAACCAAUCGUGCCAACGCACUUCCGUGGCAAGCAAAGCAGCAUGACAGGGGGCAACGGGUAUAUUUCUUGUAUGCCAAGGUAGGGGCGACGCUAAGGAGCGCGCUUGCUUCAGACUGCUGCUCAGCAAGCUAUGCAAUUACAAAAGACGGAGCAAAGCAAAGCCCACAACAGAGGGGAGAGCUUUUCCCAUCAAGUCUAAGUUUCCUGCAGAAUGGGGACCUCGUCUUGGCCCAACCAAAAGUAUAUGGACGGCCAUCGCAAGAAAACCUGC